AUGCUACGCUUAGGAAUGCCGGAGUCCACAACUGAAUCAUUAGUCAUUGCUACUCCGGCACCUGAUCGUAGUGUCAUGAGGACUAUGUUCAGAAAUAUCAAUCUGAAUGAGACAAACGCAAUGGAUUGGCUCGCUGUUGAGGCCAUCAGCUUAGAUCAUCAGCCAGCAGCAUUAAUGGUCAAAGAUUGCAUUGGCGAAUAUUGCAAUACCAAGUGCGAUGGGGAGAGCUGCAGUGCACGGUGUACGAAGUUCUCCUGCACGCAGUCCAUAAAUGGAGAGUAUAAACUAUCUACAACGACAUGGGAAGAAGCCUAUCCUCAGUACAGUGGCGGCCGUGUCCCUGGCGAGGACAGUGGGCCUGGUGUACUGUAUAGGCCUGGUGAGUCUGGUGCACAGAGACACGUGGGCCCAAGACCAAAAGCUUGGGAUGUUGACGACGACGACGACGAUUAA